CAAAAGCCACGUAGAACCUAUCUGCAUCUGCAACAGCGGAACGACUCGAGAGAUCACAAAGGAGACAAAGGCGACAAGCAAAAACCCACAGGCAAAAUGGCUGAGAAGACGUUCACGUACCAGGAUGUGGCUGAGCACAACACCAAGAAGGAUCUCUUCAUGGUGAUCCACGACAAGGUCUACGAUGCCACCAAGUUUGUCGACGAGCACCCCGGCGGCGAGGAGGUCAUGCUGGAUGUAGGCGGUCAGGAUGCGACGGAGGCUUUCGAGGACGUCGGCCACAGCGACGAGGCCCGCGAGACACUAGAGACUCUAUUGGUUGGCAAGCUCGAGCGCAAGGCCGGCGACCCUACACCAAAGACACAGAGCUCAGGCUCUCUGGCACCACAGGCCCAAACGGGCGCCGCUUCAGGCAUGGGAAUUGGGCUGUACGCUGUUAUCCUCAUCGGUGGUCUCGCCGCCUACGCCGCCUACCAGUACCUGCAGCAGCAGCAGCAAACAGCCUCCGCUUAG